AUCUAAAAUCAUGGCGACAGUUUCCUAAAAAUUCAAACCCCCGUUUUGAGUCAAAAUUACGUUCCAGUGAAUUUUACCACGAACAAUAAAAAAAGGUCCUCCAAGGAGUUAUUGCCGUUAUUUUCUCAUUACCGGCAAUAACUUGUUAAUUCGAAUAGAAUGAUGUAAAUAAUUUUCUUCUGGGAAUUAGCAAAUGAGUGGGAUUGCCGAGUGUCGGGUUCUCCAUGAAUUCCUUUCAAUUCCUCGAGAAAAGGGUCUGAAAAGGAUCUAUUAAUAAGGUCUGGGAAUAUGAAUGAGGGUCAGGUGGUAACGAUUUUCAUCGGACAGGCUGGGGUUCAAGUGGCUAAUGCCUGCUGGGAGCUUUUCUGUCUGGAGCACGGAAUUACGAGUGAUGGAUGCAUGUUCGAGACUUACGAACCCGACGACAGAUCUUAUCAGGCUUUUUUCACCCCCACUCAAUCUGGAAAAUUCUGCCCUCGUACAGUAAUAAUGGACCUGGAGCCAACCGUGAUCGAUGAAAUACGAACAGGUGCUUAUCGAUACCUCUUCGAUCCAUCAUCCCUGAUAACCGGUAAAGAAGACGCUGCGAAUAAUUUUGCGAGGGGAUAUUACACGAUCGGCCAGGAAAUCGUGGAGCUGGUGUUGGAUAGAAUCCGAAAAGUCAGCGAAACCUGUCCCAGACUGAAUGGAUUUAUUAUUUUCAGGUCCUUUGGGGGUGGUACUGGAAGUGGAUUUACUACUCUGAUGCUUGAGCAUUUGAUGUCGGAUUAUGGUAAGCGAUCAAAACUUGAUUUUGCUGUGUAUCCAGCUCCCAACAUUUCCACGGCAGUCGUUGAACCCUACAAUGCAAUUCUGACCACUCAUGGCACAUUAGAUUAUGAGGAUUGCUGUUUUGUCGUUGAUAAUGAGGCGUUGUACGAUAUUUGCUCUCGAAAUCUGGAUGUGGAUUCACCGACGUACACGAAUCUCAAUCGUCUCCAGGCACAAGUUGUUUCAGCAGUGACUGCAUCUCUGAGAUUUGAAGGAACACCGAACGUCGGGCUCGAGGAAUUCCAGACAAACCUAGUGCCUUAUCCCAGAAUCCAUUUCCCCCUGAUAACGUACUCCCCUAUCACAACUGCCAGACGAGCGAUCAACACGAAUCUCACAACAUCGCAAAUCACCAGCGAGUGUUUCGAAACUGCUAAUCAGAUGGUUAAAUGCGAUCCGAGAAAAGGCACCUACAUGAGCUGUUGUUUGCUGUACCGAGGAAAUGUAAAUCCAAAUGAAGUGAACAGUACAAUAAAUGCACUCAAAGGGAAGAAAUCCAUUCGAUUCGUCGACUGGAGUCCAUCAGGUUUCAAGAUUGGAAUUAAUUACCAACCACCGACGACAGUUCCUGGAGGUGAUUUAGCGGCGUCGGACAAGUCUGUCGUUAUGUUGUGUAAUAGUACGUCAAUACGACAGGCUUGGGAGAGACUUCUCAAAAAAUAUAAUCUCAUGUUAGCAAAAAGAGCUUUUGUCCAUCAUUACAUUGGGGAGGGAAUGGAGGAGAGUGUCUUUAGUGAAGCUAAAGAGGAUAUCACAGCUCUCAUUCAGGAUUACAAGGAAGUCGAUACCUGAAUUCCUGAAAUACAAUUUAUAUUGAAUUUUUAAAAAAUUUUAUUGUAUUGAUAAACAGGAAAAAUAGGAAAUACACGAAGGGGAUGAAUAUUUUGAUGAUUUAUCAUUUGAUAUCGGAUUGGUGAAAGUAUUUAUAUCGUGAGACGAAAGAAGAAUGAGUUGCUGAUUAAAUUCCGCGCGUGUAUCUGAUGGGAUUCCUCGGAUUACUUCUCUCGCGAAAUUACAGGAAAAAAUAUUCUUGUUUUCUAUUUUAUUUUCACUGUUUUUAUUUGACGUUUUAUGCAGAUUACUCAAUUACAACUCGUCCACGAAAUACGUAAUGAUGUAGCUUGUUGUAGACUGGCGUUUCUACUCCAUUUUGUGAUGAUAAAUGUUAUCGAUAGCGAUUAAAUGGUCGAACUGUGCCCCCAGCGGUGUGUCAGGUGUUCGAAGAGACAAAGUGUGACCAUGAGAUUAGGAAGUUAUAAAAAUCGUAAAGCUCUUGAGACCUGGAAUACAUCGGGUCUACUUGAAGCACUCUCACUUCGCAUGAUCACAAAUC